AUGUUUGUGUUAUUUUACGUCUUACUUUCGUUUGUUCAGUUGCCGAGACAAGUGUGUGUUGCUGGGGAAUAUAGUUUAGGUGAUUUUAUAAAACGCUAUGAAACGUUGAAUUAUGUUUUUACGGAAAAAUUAUACAGAAGGGACACAGAAAGACUUGACAGAACUCGUUUUUUGGAAUUCAAUGCUUACGGGCGAAAAUUCAAGCUGGCACUUGUGUCUGACAUUCAAACUAUUGCUCCUGAUGCAGAAAUACUCGAUGGGCAAGGAAAAAGAAUAAAUUUUAACAAACGUUCACUUGUUUUUGGACAAAUUGUAAGCGAACCAGAUUCUAUUGUUCACGGAUUUCUCCGUGACGAUGGUGUAUUUAUUGGCAAAAUUCACUCUAAAAACGACGUUUACGUUAUUGAAAGUGGAAAUCGCUAUUUUAAAAAUCCGACCACUUUUCAUUCUGUGAUAUACAAGGAAGAAGACCUUAAUUUUGAUGUGAAGUUUCCCGAGCCCAAAAUUGCAUCAUCUGUUAAUGGAUUAAAUAAAGAUUCUUCAGAAUUUGCAGAGAAAUUCAAAAGAAGCAGAAGAGCAACAGGAGACAUUAAGUACAAUAAAUGUCGAUUAUCAUUGGAAGCUGAUUAUACUUUCCUAAACUUUGCCAAAGGAUCUAUUUUAGCUGUAGGCGAAAUGCUUCGUCAUGUACAGGCUUUGAACAUUAUCUAUGGACAAGCCUUUAAUACAAGUACCACAUACUUGCCCUAUAGCUUACUGUUUCAUGUUGGUCGUCUUCAAGUGUACAAUGAAAGCCAAACCCCAGUUGGUUUAAGAAGGGAAAAUAUCGACAGUUCGACAUUCUUGUCAAUUAUGACCGAGAAAGAUUACUCAAAGUUUUGUGAAGCAGUGUACUUUACACAUCGUAAUUUUGCUGGUGGUAUUUUGGGUCUGGCUUGGAUAGGGUACCCACAAGGUAGAGCUGGAGGUAUUUGUGAUCCACGGCGAGGUUUGAACAGUUACAAUACAGCAGUUGUGACAUUUACACUUCAAGGAAAAACCAGUCCACCAAAAAUUUCAGAAAUAACUUUUGCACAUGAAAUUGGUCAUGCAUUUGGUGCUCAGCAUGAUAAUGAUGAAUGUUCACCUGGAGGGGAGGAUGGAAAUUAUAUCAUGUAUUCUAAAGCCACAAGCGGAGAUAGAAAAAGGAACGAUCGCUUCUCACCUUGCAGCAUUUCACAAAUAAUGGAAAAUGUUAAUGCCAAAAGAGGCAAAGUUAUUGAUAAAUCUACGCGAAUACCAAGACUUUGUUUAGAAAAUGAUCAGAGAAUGAUUGAGAGAGGCGACCUUUGUCAAAAUGGUGUUAUUGACAAGGGAGAGGAGUGUGACUGUGGUCAUAAAAGUCAAUGUGAACAGCUUGAACCAAACAGUUGCUGUAACUGGCAGACUUGCAAACUAAAUCCUGGAAAACAAUGCAGUCCCAGCCAAGGACCUUGUUGCAAUGUAACUUGUCAAACUGCGAGCAAAGAACAAAUUUGUGAGUAUGGAAGUGACUGUUUAGAGGACUCAAAAUGUCUUAGUUCAGAAGAACGAAAAGCCAGCAAUGUUCAAGGAUACGAUUGUCCACCACAAUCUCAUCGUCAAGAUGAUACGAAAUGUCAGGGCGGUGCCAUGUUGUGUUACAAAGGCAUGUGUAGCAAAUCAAUAUGUGUAAACCAUGGUUUGAAACCUUGUGAAUGUAAAAAGAGGGAAGAGGAAUGCCAUGCUUGUUGUAUUAAGGACGAUAUUUGUCAAUCUGCGUAUAAAAUAGACGAGAUGAAGCGUUCUACUCCAUACAACUACAGCAUUGGCUAUCCUUGUGGAAACAAUACAGGCUAUUGUGAUUUCUUCCAAUAUUGUCAAAAGGUCGACUUGGAAGGGCCUUUACUUCAACUGUAUAAUUUAUAUUUUACCGCUGAAGGAAUUGCAGAACUAACUAGAAAAUACUGGUGGGCGAUUAUGCUUGGAGUCCUUGGUCUUAUUGCUAUCAUAGUUGUACUUGUUAUAUAUGGUGCUCGUUACACGGAAACUGACAAUCCAGAUGGUCCUCCUGCCAAACCUCUUCCAAAUUAUUGCAUCUGUUCAUCUGAUGUGAACAGAGAGGAUGAUUACAGAGAAGAUGAUCCAUUAUAAGAUAAGAGCAUUAUUUUUUAUCUUUAUAUGAAGUCCAUACGGAGUAAUCUUUUAAUCAACAAUUUUUUGUAAAUCUUUUUUUUUAAAGCGAAGUGCGUCAAACUGAAAAUAUUGACUGAUAGCUAUGCAAUACGAUGGUUUUUGGAUGGUUUCAUCCUUGCCUUUCCUAUCUAGACUGUAUUUUUUAUCAUUUUUACGACUUUCGUAAUUCAGCCAUCUGGCAAAUGCCAACAUAAUCUCUUCAUAUAUUGACUGAGGAACACACUAAGUGAGUUCUAGGGCGAUCAAUUUUAGCGAUAAUAUAAAGCACUCUCGACGUAGGUUUUUUUUCAGUUUGUAUUUGUUUGUAUUUUAGAAUAUUAUUUAUGAUCAGAUUGCUUUCGUUGUCCUUACAAUUAAUCAAAUAAUAUUUUGUGCACAAAAUUAUUUUAUCAUAAGGUAAUGGUGUUUGAAGUUUGUCCUGCAGAAAAUAUCACUAUUUAAGUCGUAAUCUGCUUCUACGGGUAAUAUAAUAUAGCAAAAGUUUUCAGUGUUAUACAACUAAAAACUCCAGUAAAUAUUAUCGAGUUUCAGUUAAUUUAUAUUUUUAAUCCGCUUAGAACGUUUUUAAAACACCUAUGCUGUGACCAAAUCAUUUAAAAUUGGCGUUUCAGGUUUGCUGAACCUAUCAAUUAUACUAAUAUAAAUGAUAAAAUUAUUUAAUGUUUACUUUGGCUUAGAUUAUUAUGUAGCUACAUUACUUCAUUAUACCAUUAUUGCAACCUUGUA